AUGUUAGAACCAGAAGAACGUGAUCAUCAAAUACGAAGAAAAUACAACAAGACUAAAAAGAUUGGAGAGGGUACUUAUGCCGAUGUCUUUGAAGGCACAGAAAUAGCGACCGGAAGAAAAGUCGCCAUCAAGAAAAUAAAAUUAGGUAAAUCUCAAGCUGGCGGAGCAAACGGGAUAGAAUUGUCUGCUGUUCGAGAAAUAAAGGCAUUGCGUGAACUGCACCAUCCGAACGUGAUCGAACUGUUGGACUGUUACUCAUACCGAGGAAACUUGAACCUUGUGCUCGAGUACCUCGAUUCUGAUCUUGAGAUGAUAAUCAAGGAUAAAACGGUGAUCUUUGAAUCGGGUCACGUAAAAAGUUGGAUGUUGAUGACACUUCGAGGCCUAGAUCAUAUUCACCGAAACUGGAUAAUUCACCGGGACAUGAAACCAAAUAACUUACUAGUCGCGCCGGACGGACAACUGAAAAUCGCAGAUUUCGGUCUAGCACGCGACUACGGCGACGGUCAAGAAAAGAACAUGUCUAGCCAAGUUGUCACUCUAUGGUAUCGCGCCCCAGAACUGAUAUUAGGGACGCAACAAUAUGGAACGGCUGUUGACAUCUGGUCUGUUGGUUGUAUUUUUGCAGAAUUGAUGUUACGCGUGCCGUUGUUCGCCGAUGAGAGUGAGUUUGUGGUGUUGGAUAAGAUGUUUCAGGCGUUGGGUACGCCGUCGGAGGAAGAUUGGCCGGGAAUGUCGCUACUGCCUAAAACUUUUAAAUUCAAAAAAUAUCCAAAACCGCCACAUCUAUUUCAAGCUGCCACCAAAGCAGCAAUAGAACUUAUUGACAAGAUGUUGGCUUUUGAUCCGAACAAACGAGUGACUGCGAAAGAGGCACUAAGUCACACGUAUUUCAAAGCAAAGCCGUAUCCAACACAUCCAUCAAAGCUACCAAAAUACUCGCGUCCAAAAUCUGAUGACAAACACAAAACAUCGGUUCACUAUUACUCCUCAUCCGAGGGCUCGGCAACUUCCUCACCUGUCCUUGCUGUCCCCGGCGGAGGCGGAGCAGGACCAGCCUCAUCGUCAGUCGAGCCGUCUUCAUCGUCCUCGUCACAACAAUUAUCGUCCGUUCGAAAGAAUAAGCGAAAAGCUGAGGAUCUAGGUAACGACAACCACUCUCAAAAGAAGAUGCAUGGUUCCUCCUAA